AUGACCCCGUCAUCAAGUGACCCAAUUGUCCUCAACAACACAUUUCACUUCGAAUCCUCAACACAUACCUUCGAUAUCAAAUGGACGUCGCUAGGCGCUACAACAUCACCACCACUUAUCUUCAUCCACGGCACUCCCUGGACUUCCCGCGUCUGGGCACCCUUCGCGCUAGCGCUGUCACGCAAAUACCGCGUCUACCUCUUCGACAACCCCGGUUUCGGAAAUUCACCCAUUGAACAACUUCUUCCCAACGCCAACUACAACCCAAAGAACGAGAUUGAAAGAUUAGACAGCGAUCUCGCUCGCCAAACCUCGGCCUUCGCCGCCCUCUUCAAGCAUUGGGAGAUAAACGAGUCAUGGAAGACAGCUCCACAAGUCGUCGCUCACGACCACGGCGGACUAAUGAGCCUGCGUGCCAACUUACUACACGAUUGUCGCUAUUCAAGUCUCUGUCUCGUUGACGUCGUCGCCAUCGGCCCCUUCGGCCAACCCCUCUUCAAAAGCGUAGCAGAGAACCCUGCGGCUUUCGAGAAUCUACCUGACAUGGCUUUUGAAGGUGUCCUUGAAUCAUAUAUCCGCAACGCUGCGCACACUACGUUAGACGCUGAGACGAUGAGCAUACUCAAAGCGCCGUGGCUGACACAAGGUGGGAAGAGAGGCUUCGUCCGCCAGUUGUGUCAGGCUGCGCAUCGGAGUACGGAGGAGGUUGAGGGACGGUAUGCACAGGUGGGGAGACGUUUCCCCGUGAAGGUGAUUUGGGGUAAGCAGGAUAAUUGGAUCCCAGUAAAGGAUGCGCAUAGGCUGGGGGAGGCGCUGGGGGCGAAAGAAUUGGUGGAGAUUGAAGGGGCGGGACAUCUCGUCAUGUAUGAUCAGCCAGGUCAGUUGGGUGUUGAGCUGGGGAUGUGGUUAGCCUCAGUGGGCAUGUAA